GAAGAUCAUACGGAUUUAGUAAUCGAGAAUAACUUCGACUAUAACGAUAAAAGCACAGAAAAAAUUGUGUACUAUUCGAAAAAGGUCUUUAAAAUGUUGUCUACCUUAGUUAAGGAACACCAAGCCAAACAAACUGCUCGAAAGGAAGCGCAGGAACAGAAAAGAAGAGAAGCUGUUGCUGCGGCAACCAAUUUGACAGAGGCUUUAGUUGACCAUUUAAACGUAGGUGUUGCUCAAGCAUAUCUAAAUCAGAAGCGUUUGGAUGCUGAAGCAAAGCAGCUUCAUCACAGUGCUACUAAUUUUGCUAAACAAACACAACAGUGGGUCAGCCUAGUAGAGAGCUUUAGUAGUGCUCUGAAGGAAAUAGGAGAUGCAGAAAAUUGGGCAAGAAGCAUUGAAACUGACAUGAGAACCAUUACAAGUGCUUUGGAAUAUACAUAUAAAGUCUCCCAGGAGUCCUCAUAGAAGAUGGAAAUAUUCCACUACAUUCAAAAUUGUAAAUAAUUUGUCUAUGUGUAAUAGUUUGUGUCAUUACAUAUUACAUGUAUACUAAUAAAAACUGCAUUGUAAAUA